AUGCGACGAGGCCGUAAUAGAAUAUUUUUUCUAUUCAUUAUUUCAAUAAUAUGUUAUAUUAGUUGGAAUCUACUCAAUGGAACUUAUCAAAUUAGUCUAACGAAUAAUGAACCAGAAGAAGAACAAGCUUAUGUACAUGCAGUUAGUGCAGGAUUACCAUUAAUACAUAAUACAAAAUUAUGUUCUUCAAAUAAAAUUGAUCUUAUAUUUGUUAUUAUUUCCUUUGGUUCGCAUUUUCUUGAAAGACAAGCUAUUCGUGAAACAUGGGGUUCAAUGCCUUAUGUAUUUAAUGUACGUUCUCAAAUUCUUUUUGUUAUUGGAUAUCAAACUGGAAAUAAUAUUUAUAGUGAUUUAGUAAAUGAAGCACAACAUGAAAAAGAUAUACUUUAUUUAACUAUUGAUGAUAAAUUAAUGACAGUUAAAGAAUUACAUGCAUAUGAUUGGUUAGAUAAAUAUUGUUCAAAUGUAACAUAUAUAUUUAAAACAGACGAUGAUUUAUUUGUUAAUUCAAUUCUUUUACAUGAAAUUAUUAGAGAACUUAAAACAAAAUCAGAUGAAAUUGACGAACGAUAUUUAUAUAAUAUUUCAUUACAACCACUUUUUAAUGCUCAAUUGAAUUUAGAUGUACCUACAUUUCUUUUUGGUUGGGCAUAUGAAUCAAGUAAAGCAGAACGAAAUGCUACUAUGGGACAAUAUUAUGUUACUUAUGAAGAAUAUCCAAGGGAAACAUAUCCACGUCAUUGUUCUACUUUUGGUUAUUUAAUGAAUUCUAAAACAAGAAAAUUACUUGCUGAUGAAGGUCUUAAUGAUAAAAAACCAUUUCGUUUUGCGGAUAUUUAUAUAACUGGUGUUUUACCGGAAAAAUUUAAUUUUGCUUGUGAAAUUCUUCCAUUUGGAUAUCAUCAAAGUAAUAAUGCAGAUGAAUGUAUCACUAGAAUUAAACAAAAUAAUCUGAAAGAUGUAAAAGCAUCAAAACGUCCACUUCUUGUUUGUUCAACUGGUCGUCAUACAGGAAAAAAUACCUUUCCAGAUUAUUAUAGAAUUUGGGCAGUCUUAAAAUAUAUUUAUGGUGAUAGAUUAAGUGGUAAACGUAGUAAAUCAUAA